AUGGAUCGAGGACGUGCGAUGACCACCAUCACCAAACCCUGGGACGACGUCGUGGACAAGAACGUCGUGCUCAGAUUCAUCGACACCAAUCUCAAAGGCUCCGGGCAGGUGAUGUUCCAGGGCAAUGCGCUGACGGGCCUGCUGUUUCUGGUCGGUAUCUUCUGGGGAGCGAUAGCCGCGGACACGAUCACCGUCGCGAUCGGUGCCGUGGUGGGUCUGGUGGUAUCCACCGUCACCGGCAUGAUGCUGCACCUGACGACGAUUCGAUGCGUAUCGGCCUGUACGGAUACAACGGAAUUCUGUGGGAGCUGCAUUUCCGACGUUCCUUGCCGGGGGCGUGAUGCCGUGGAUCUACCUCGUGGUGGGAGCUGCCGCGUCGACCAUCGCGUUCCUGGCUGUCGCCAAUGUCUCAAGACCUGGGGCGUACCGGCGCUGACCUUCCGCCAACCUCCGCCGGCCAGUUUCCCCAGCACAUCGGGGGACGCGUCGGUUCAUGCCGACAUCACUUUCAACUUCCUGUGGGACACGCUGUUUCGCAACGUCUCCCAGAUCUUUCUGAUCAACAACACUGUCACCGGCAUUAUCUUCGUGAUCGCGCUGCUGUCGUUCGUCUACACCGUCUUCGGAGCACUGGUGACUGUUGUCAUCCACGGCACGCUGGUGUCUGCGUUCGCUCCGAUCAGCCUGCCGGCCGGAACGGGCCCGUUCGUCUUCGCGACGUGGCUGUUCCUGCUGCCGAAGAAGAAGUUCGUUCCCAUCCAGCACGACACCAUCGAGGGCGGAGCGGGCCGAAGGCAAGGAUUCGAUCGCAAAGGCGAACGGCUGAGCAUGGUUUGUCAGACUUCAGUCGCAUCGAGGUCGCGUCUGGCUAAGUCGGGAAAAGCUAGAUCCGUACAUCUCGUCCACCACGGUCACAUCGCUACCCGGCUGGGCAGCCGAAGAAAGGGCAAUGACAACUCCGUUUACUAUGCCGAGUUCGUUCUCGAGAUAGCGUGCGAUGGCCCC